AGCGCCUCCUGCUGUAGACAACGGCACACCCACAAAUAUUUCCGACAGUUCGGAAGUUCAAAUUCUGUAAACCUCUCAGAAAGCCCUUUCGGUGUAUGCCCAGAAAUGAUAAGAAGCGCAGUCUCGGUCAGAGGUAAUAAGGGCGUCACGGCAACUGUCACCGCCAACGCCGGGGAUUUGAGACUUCGAGCAGUACUUGGCAACGCCGUCUUGGGCAAUGGUUCCACCGUCGACGUCGACGAUUUCUCUCUCUCUGUGGAGAAGCCCGGCUCCUUCAUAGUCGAGUACGACGUUCCCAAUCAGGACGUAAGGUUUCAAUUCAUGAACACAGUUAAUUUAUUGGAGAAACAAUUGAAUUGGACAUACACUCACUCGAGAAGCGGAAAUCGAAUGGUUUUGGAUGGAACUCUUAUAUUUGACCCAGCUAACAAGCUCUCUGCUAACUAUGAAUUGGGUUCAAGGAACUGCAAGUUAAAGUAUAGCUAUUUGCACAGAGGAGUUACCGCAGUAGAGCCUGGCUAUGACUUUGCAAGGAAUUCUUGGGACUUGGCGGUUUCGCACAGGUUUGACAGUGAUUUGAUCAGGGUUUCAUAUGAGACAAUUAGCAAGAACUUGGGAAUUGAGUGGCUAUGGAGAUCGUUGCUAAAUAAAGAUGGAGGGAUUAAGAUUUCAGCAUCUCUCAAUUUGGGAGAGGGCCUGCACGUGCCAAAAAUAACUGCUGAGAGUUCAUGGAAUUUUGAGAUGUGAAUCGCCCUUUGUAUGACUGGCUUGAGACUUGAAUUUUUCCUUAGAAAAACAAAUUAGUAACAGUUGUUUUUCUUGUAUCUCAUCAUAUAUGAGGUUUAUUUUGCUUCCUUAAUUGCUGUUCUUGCUAAUGCAGCAGAAAUGUAGAAUUGAUGGAAAAACAUUAUCACAGGCCACAGCUGAUUUGGCUUUGUUAAGCAAGUAAACAAUCCCACUACCCAAUUCUUAUA